UGGCCAAAGUUCUGUCGUAAAUCGACGAGGAGGGGCUUCAACGCAGGCUAUUUCCGUUGUAUGUUAUUUGACAGUCGGUGACGAUAGACUGAGAACACCAGCUCAGUGGCCGUUGAUGGACCAUACCUAUGAAGAAACAGGGUUACAAUGGGACAGAGUACCUCGGAACAAGAGGUCCAAGGGGACGUCACCAGCGAGGACGGUUUUGAUAACAUCAAGACACUCGUGGAGGAGGAACUACAGACGAGCAUGAUGGUGGGGAUGGUGAUCGGUGCAGGCAUCGCCAUAGUCCUCAUUGCCAUCCUCAUCUUCUUCAUCUUGCGGAGGAUCCAGCUUCGAAACCUAGAAGCUCUGGAAGCCCCCAAAUACCGCUUCCGCAAGAGGGACAAAGUCAUGUUCUACGGGAGAAAGAUCAUGCGCAAAGUCUCGCAGUCUACCUCUUCCCUGGUGGGUACAUCCUCUUCGUCCCGGCAGCGCCUGAAGAAGAAGCAGAAGAUGCUUAACAUUGCCAAAAAGAUCCUGCGCUUUAAGAAGGAGGUGCCCAUCCUACAGGCCAAGGAGCCCCCUCCCUCGGUGCUGGAGGCUGACCUCACCGCGUUUGAUGUGGCCAACUCCCACCUCCCCUCUGAGGUGCUCUACAUGCUCAAAAAUGUCCGUGUGCUGGGUCACUUUGAGAAGCCCCUCUUCCUGGAGCUGUGUAAACACAUGGUGUCCGUGCAGUUCCAACAAGGGGAGUACGUCUUCAAGCCGGGCCAGCCCGACAGCAGCAUCUACGUGGUUCAGGGUGGAAAACUAGAAUUGUGCCUUACUGGAUCGGAUGGCAAAGAAAGUGUUGUGAAGGAGGUUUACCCCGGAGACAGUGUCCACAGCCUCCUCAGCAUCCUGGAUGUCAUCACAGGCCACCAGAAGCCUUACAGAACUGUGUCGGCUCGGGCUGCGGAGGUUUCCACUGUUCUCCGUUUACCGGUAGAGGCUUUCCUCGCUAUAUUUGAGAAGUACCCUGAGAGCCUGGUGCGGGUGGUGCAAAUCAUCAUGGUUCGUCUCCAAAGAGUCACCGUCUUAGCCCUGCACAACUAUCUGGGUCUCACUAAUGAGCUCUUCAGCCAUGAAAUGCAGCCCUCGCGUCUGCCACCUCCGUCUCCUCACCCGAUUCGCACCAGUCCCAUCCGGCAUGGUAAGCGCUUUGGCAGCCUGACCGUAACUGAGGAGCAUCGGGAAGCCGCCAUUCGGGGUGAAGCUGCAGGAGGGGAACAAGCGAAGGAUGGAACAACCGUGCCAACUCUUAGCCGGACCAUCUCGAUGCCUGUGGACAUUGCUGGUAUACAGAAAAGCCUGAGAUCGGACUUUGACAUGGCAUACGAAAGGGGGCGGAUAUCUGUGUCUGCAGAGGAGGGCAACACCCCUCCUUCGUUUACUCGGUCUGCGUCCCAGGACCAGAGGGAGAGGAAGGUGACUGUAGAUGAGGUUCCCUCAGGGAUCUUUCUGUACCCAGAGGAAGAGUCGGGAGUGGACAAUAUGUUUACACCUGUAUCCAGUCGCUCCAAUGCUGCUUUGUUUGAGGAAGCUCAGAAAGAGAUUCUUAAACUGAUGAAGAUUGAGGACUCAUCCUUGUUAAAUGGGAAAGUGACUCUGCACCACGCAAAAGCAGGAGCGGUCUUAGCCAGCCAGGGAGACCAGGACGUGAGUCUGCACUUUGUCAUGUCUGGUUGUCUCCACGUCUACCAGCGGAUGAUUGACAAAAAGGAAGCCGUCUGCUUGUUUGUGACCCACCCGGGGGAGAUGGUGGGUCAGCUCGCUGUGCUCACUGGAGAACCCCUCAUCUUCACCAUCAAGGCCAUUCGCGACUGCACUUACCUCAAGAUCUCAAAGUCAAACUUCUACGAGAUCAUGAGGGAGCAGCCCAGUGUGGUGCUGAGUGCGGCUCACACAGUGGCCAUCCGCAUGUCUCCGUUCGUCAGGCAGAUGGACUUUGCCAUUGAUUGGAUGGCCGUGGAGGCUGGCCGAGCCCUCUACAGACAGGACGACCAGUCAGACUGCACAUACAUUGUUCUGAACGGACGUCUGCGCUCAGUCAUCCGCAAGACCAACGGAAAGAAAGAGCUUGUCGGGGAAUACGGCAGAGGAGACCUCAUUGGAGUGGUGGAGGCUCUGACCAGACAGCCAAGAGCCACCACUGUCCACGCUGUGAGAGACACAGAGCUCGUCAAACUGCCCGAGGGGACGCUCAACAACAUCAAAAGACGAUAUCCCCAGGUUGUGACGAGGUUGAUCCACCUGUUAGGACAGAAGAUCCUGGGGAACCUUCAGCAGGGUCGAGGGCCCUUCUCAGGUUCAGCCCUGAGUCUGCCCACCAUGACGCCCAGUGCUGAUGUCACCAACCCCGCCAGCAACCUCUCCACUGUGGCUGUCCUGCCUGUGUGUGACGAUGUGCCCAUCAAUGCAUUCAACCUGGAGCUCAGCCAUGCCCUCAGUGCCAUCGGCCCCACUCUGCUAUUGACCAGCGAAAUAAUCAGAGAGCGGCUGGGCGCGUCAGCUUUGGACAGUAUCCAUGAGUACCGUCUCUCCGGCUGGCUGGCCCAGCAGGAGGACAUCAACCGGAUCGUCCUCUACCAGACUGACAACAGCAUGACCCCGUGGACUCAGCGCUGCAUCCGGCAAGCUGACUGCAUCCUCAUUGUCGGCUUGGGCGACCAGGAACCCACCCUGGGAGAGUUGGAGCAGAUGCUGGAGAACACAGCAGUUCGGGCACUGAAGCAGCUGGUCCUCCUGCACAGAGAGGAUGGGCCGGGCCCCUCCAGGACGGUUGAGUGGCUCAACAUGCGAAGCUGGUGCUCGGGUCAUCUGCACCUCAAGUGUCCCCGCAGGGUCUUUUCCAGGCGCAGCCAGAGUAAAAUAAGGGAGGUGUAUGAGAAGGUGUUUGAGAAAACGGCCGACCGGCACAGCGAUUUCUCUCGGCUGGCCCGAGUCCUGACUGGAAACAGCAUCGCAGUGGUGCUGGGAGGAGGGGGGGCCAGAGGCUGCUCACAUGUGGGAGUGAUCAAAGCAAUGGAGGAAGCAGGGAUUCCUAUUGACAUAGUGGGCGGGACCUCAAUCGGCUCAUUCAUUGGAGCGCUGUACGCUGAGGAGAGGAGUGCCGUCAGAACCAAACAGAGAGCCAGAGAGUGGUCCAAGGCAAUGAACUCUGUAUUCAAAACCGUCCUGGACCUCACCUAUCCCAUCACCUCCAUGUUCUCCGGUUCUGCCUUUAACACCAGCAUCUACAAAGUGUUCCAGGACAAGCAAGCCGAGGACCUGUGGCUGCCGUACUUCAACGUCACCACUGACAUCACGGCCUCAGCCAUGCGUGUUCACCAGGACGGUUGCGUCUGGCGAUACGUUAGAGCCAGCGCCUCCUACACCCCCUAUUUACCUCCCCUGUGCGACCCCAAGGAUGGCCACUUGCUUGUGGACGGUUGCUAUGUAAACAAUGUCCCAGCGGACAUCGCAAGGAACAUGGGGGCCAGAAAAGUAAUCGCCAUCGACGUGGGAAGCCAAGAUGAGACCGACCUCUGUAACUACGGCGACUCCCUCUCUGGCUGGUGGUUGCUGUGGAAACGAAUAAAUCCAUGGGCGGAGAAAGUAAAGGUGCCAGACAUGGCUGAGAUCCAGUCUCGGCUGGCCUACGUGUCUUGUGUGCGGCAGUUAGAGGUGGUAAAGAAGAGUGCCUACUGCGAGUACAUCCGACCGCCCAUCGACCGCUUCAAGACAAUGGACUUUGGAAAGUUCGACGAAAUCUAUGAUGUGGGCUACCAGCACGGAAAGCUGCUGUUUACUGGCUGGGCCCGAGGUGACAUUAUCGAGAACAUGCUGAGGGACCACCGCUCAGCCGACUACAACGACAGCAAGAGAACUGAUAUCUGCACGUGUCCAGGAGCUGACUUCACUGACCUGGCAGAGAUUGUGUCCAGGAUAGAGCCGGUCCAAACCUACGUAGCUGCAGAGGCAGAGGAGUCAGACUGUCUGACGGAGUAUGAGGAAGAUGGGAUGGACACUGUGAGAGAAGAGGACGGGGAGGAGGAAGAGGAAGAGGACCUUGAGGACCACUCCCCUGGAGAAUGGGGCCAGAAUGGAGUCUUUCAGACCGACGAGGACAAAUCAGUGAGACAACGCAGGAAACUCGCCAGUGACUCCAACACCUCCGAGGUGUCUGACUGCUGACAGAGGGCCAUGGAGGACCAGAUGGAGUCCUAACGAGACCGAGGGACAAAUUACGGGUCCAUAAACUGUCAAGGCCAGAGACUUGGACACCACGCUCUACUUCUACGACUUGUGAAACACUGAGAUACGUUUUUUGUUUUUUUUCCAGGAAGUCGUUCAUGCUCAAACAUGUUGAAACUUCUUUAGAUCAAGUGGCUUCCACUUUGCUCUCACAUUGGCUUCAUCUGUUCACAUUUUGACUCUAACGUCAUAUGAUACCUAAUGAAUAGGUCCGGCCCUGAAAAGAACAGUCUUCCCCGCCCAGCGCUUUCUCAUAUCACUUUAGCACUAAACCCAUAACCAGAAUCCCUGCCUGCCAACUCCUAAACCUGCCAAAAACAGGGACUCACACAGUAACAAACACUACAAAACCGGGGCACUUAAAACUUCCAAUUCAAUCAUCUUUCCCUUGUUUCUCAGUUAUAAAUGGCCAUAAAGACCCCCGUCUGUUUGUGUCUAAUGUCGGUACAUUGUCACUUCAAAGUCGUUAUCGAGAAUUUAACGUAUUACGAGGUCCUUUCAUUUCUUGUCUGCGUGUUCAGAUGACUUUGUAUAUUUUGCCUGUGUUAGGAUGACUGUUUGCUGUGAUCUGUUGAAAUGAUACAAGGACACCGAAGAGAAAAGUAAAAUAUGCACACAAUAGCGUUGUUGUUAGAAAAAGGUGUCCAAAUUAGUGUGGAGGGAGGUGACGCUGUGGGUGGAGUAUAUGCUCAUGUUGAAUGAUUAGAGCAGAACGAGGAUCAAUUCAAAUUAGGGGACUUUAGUUAGACUUUAAAUGAAGUAAGGAGAUAAAAGUGGGGCACGGAUGAAGAGAGAUGGACCCGUGAAGUUUUAUUUUAAUCAAAUAUAUUCUCAAAGUUCACUCCAAAUAGAGUAGAGGGCGCUUGAUGCACUGUGAGGAGACUGAACUGAACACCGUAUGAGGAUAAAUUUGUAAAGAAAUUUAAGGAUGAAUGAGAUGGUUUCUUUGAGUGGAUGCGUGUUCGUGUUUGAAAUGUAGAGUCUCGCUGUCAUGUUUGAGAUGAUGCCGGAUAAAGACGUUGCCUUUUCAACCGAUGUUUGAUCCGCUCACUACUCCGUGAGCCCUCAUUUCACUGGCAGUACUUCGCAGCCCUGCGUGGGCCGGCCUCUGGCUCCAGGUCUCUGCGCAGAGUGAACAACAUGGGGAGUGUGACAUUGCGAAUGAGACCGAACUGGGAUAAAAAAAAACCUACAUGGAGCCAUCGAGUGAUUGUCUGAUACUACGCAGAAACCCUGAGUACUCCAUAACUUCACCUAUCUAUUAACACUUGAGUAACAUGGACCUUGCCUAGAUUGUAACUAGAGUAUAUGAUAAUAUACUCAAUGUUGAUAUUCAUAUAUGUAUAUGAGGUGGAGCUUUUUAAGUUGACGCUUUGCUGCAAAACAAUGGAACCUACACCUGAACAUAGAAUGGUUUUCUUCUCUUAAAAUGUU